CCAGAAGGAGUAGCUGGUUAAUCCACGGGCAGGAGCCUGCUCUAGGAAGAUCAGGUUGCAAUCCUGCCGUUGUAGCUUUACACCACACCCCUUCAACGUGAAUUAGUAGGGGAGGAUCAUAUUCAGCACUGAUUCAGGAAUUCUUUCUUUCUUCAAGGACUGUUGCUAGGAGUUUGGAAAGAUGAAGGGAAGAAAGAAGGGAUGUUCCUUACCUUUAACCUUUAUCUUGCUGUUCGUUUGUAUCACUGGGCAUGCAACUGCUGACUUAGAUGACGGCGAAGAAGAGGAAGUUCUGGGUGCUGCUUUGCCACCAGUGAAACUAGGGCAUUCAGUCUGUGCCAUGAAAGCAGAUGAAGGUCCAUGCAAAGCAAUCCACGUGCGCUAUUACUUCAAUAUUCAAAGCAGUGAGUGUGAGAUAUUUGAAUAUGGUGGAUGCCAUGGCAAUGAGAACAACUUUCUAACACUGGAAGAAUGUCAGAAGAAGUGUGUGGUAACAGAAUUGCCUCAGAAGAUGAUGUUAGCAAAAAUUAAGAAAGAAAAGCCCGACUUCUGCUUUCAUGAGAAAGACCCUGGAAUCUGCCGAGGCUAUUUUUCCAGGUAUUUCUAUAACAAAGAGACAAAGAUAUGUGAAGUAUUCAAGUAUGGUGGGUGCCUAGGAAACCAGAACAACUUCAAGAAUUUGGAAGAAUGCCAGACUACCUGCCAAGGCAACUCAAAUUUAUUGCCAAUUGUUCCAGCCGAAGAGCAUCCUAACACUGGGAACAGUAGUUCCCCAGAGGAAGAACCCAACCAGUUUCCUGGGAUUUUUGUCAAUUUGUUGCCAACUGCUCCAAAUGAGAAGUCCAACACUCUGAACAGUAGUUCCCCAAAGAAGGAGCGCAACCAGUUUCCCUUUUUUUUUGAACCACCCCCUAUCCCUUCUUUGUGCAUGACCCCUGUGGACAGAGGACUCUGUAGAGCCAAAGAGUUAAGAUUUUUCUACAACUACUCAACUGGAAGAUGUCGCCCGUUUAGCUACAGUGGUUGUGGUGGGAAUGAAAAUAACUUCACCUCCAGAAAGUCAUGUUUGAGGAUCUGCAAGAAAGGAUUCAAUAAAAAGAAAGGUGAAAGAAGAUUAAUAAAAAUCAAGAAGAAAAAAAAGAAACAGUCAGUAAAGGCUCUGGGUGAGGAAAUCAUCCCUGAAAGAAUACAACUUUGAUUUUUAUGGAAAUGUGAAGUAAACUACUAUUCACCUGUGAAUGAAAGCCUUUAGUGUACACCCUUUAAAUAUGUUUACUGUACUGAUUAUUUGAUUACAUGUUAUUAAGCUGCUUAUAUUCUUAUUAUGUAUUCCUCAUUCAUGUUAAUAAACAUUACCUUUU